GAGAGGAGAGAGGUGCACCGCCACUAUGGACUGAGACCUGAAAACAACUCUUAUUUUUUUAUUUUUUUUUAGCAGCUGUUACAUUUAACCGAGACGUCAUUUCCCCAACAGCCCCGAGUCUUCCUCACGUUGACUCUUGGUGAGAUUUACACAAUUAAAACAGGACCGCGAGGCCCAAGUCCUGCUCUCAUCCUCUUCCUUGUGCAAUGCCGAAGAGUGACACGUGGCCAGGCGGCGUUGCCAUGGAAUCCUUGAGCAAUAUGGACAGUGCUGGGAGCUGCGACAGUGUAAUCAGCAUGAACUCUGGCUGUAGUGAAGAUAGUAUGGAGCAUUUAUCUGCAGAGGAGAGGGCGUGUCUCAUGUAUCUGGAGGAAACCAUUGAGGCGCUGGAGGUGCAAGAGGACAGCGGCUUAUCCAAUGAUGAAGAAACUGGGUUACAGGCAGAAGAAAUAGGUUGGCCGAAAGAAGACGACAUUUCCAUUUUCAAGUCUGAUGAGUUUGGAAGAGCUGACCAUCAUGCUGUGAAUCAAACCUCUGAACCACAGUCCUUUCCUGUUUCAGCAGCUAACACAAAAGGUCUCAUCUCAACACCACUGAGCUUGACUCAACCCAAACCUCCUGACACUGAAUCAGUCCCUCCAUCAGCUACUCGGACUCGGGUGCUGUGUAUAUCCACGGAUGGAGAUGCCAAACCAAAGAUUGUCACGAGUACCGAGCUUUGCUCAGGUCAGUCCACUAAGGCCUCUGAAAUAAAUCUGGGUUUGAUCCCUCCUCCCUCAGACUUCAUGGAUGUACCAUACCCUCAUGCACAACCAAAGAAAGUCCAAGACCAUCUUCCACCUGCAGGGAUAUCCUGUAACAAGCCAGGAGCAACUAUUGACUUGGAGAAGCUACGUCAGAGAGCCUCUGCGAAGAGAACCCAGGGCACUCCAAACAUGGCCCCACCUGAAGUGUCCCCCACCCAGAGUCCACCAGCCAUCACCUCUGGCCACCAGUUGAGUCCUCCCACCGAGGCUGCUGAGCCCAGAGGGCCACCUGCUGUGGCCCCUAAGCCCAAGAAGCUUCCUCCCAACAUUAUACUGAAGUCACACAAGGCAGCAGUGGCUGGCUCUGAUGGCAGCUCGGGACAUUCGGUCCCCGCUAGCAGUGACCGGGUGUUGAUGGACCCUCAGAGGGUCCGCUUUGAGGCUCUCCGAAAGCUUGGCCUGCUAAAAGGCGAUGAGGCAGAUUCAGGUCCUGCCCUGAGCCCAAAACUUUCUCCCAAAACUCAAAGAUCAUGGGGAGCUCCUCCUUCUCCACUCAGCCCAGCAGCUCCACAUACACCCCCCUUGACACCAUCUAACACAUCUGUCAACAGCCCACCUCGUGCCUCUGUCUCUCUACAGUCUCCUGCUGUGUCACCAUCAGCUAAUUCUACAGCUCCUGAUAUUCUCCCAGCACCUGCUGCCUUCAGUGACCCCCUCGCACCUCUGCCGUCAGAUAAUGAACUGUCUGCUGUCAAAGAUGUUUCAGAGGCUGAAGUUAAUGCACAGGUGACUACGCCUCCUUUCACCCCUCCUACCCUGACCAAGCAGUUAAUGCCAUUCAAGAUCAUAGGUGUUAAAUCAGCCACCCUGGAGCGCUCUGGUCUGGGUCUAAGCAGCUAUAUGGCAAGUCAAGACUCCAGUGAGGCCGGUAAGGGUGUCAGCGGCGAGCUGAGUCCCAGCCAUCUGCGUAACAAUCGGCCACGCCCCGCCUCUCUGGGGAGCAGGAAGGAGUUUUCAAGUGCUCAGGGAGAGGGUUUGCAGCCAGGACGUGCCAAGAGUCAAGAGCCGAACUCAAGGAGGUCAAUGCCUGCCCACACCGCCUUCCAGCACUCUGGAGACUCUCAGAAGCUGCCUCGAUCGCAAGGCAUCAGUGUGCUGAUCUGCCCUCGUGCAGAAAAUGAGGAGGACCGCCGUGAGGCCUUGAAGAAGCUGGGGCUGCUGAGGGACUAAUGCAUCGCCACUACAUCUUACACCUCAUCUAACUGCCACAGAAUCCCUUCAGACACUUUAUUUCAUACACAAUUGAUGAAGGCAUUACAAACCUUUCGGGAAGCAGCUUAACCACAUAUUUAUGCAUGUUUCAUUUUACUGAUUUAAGCUAUUAUAACCAGAGACUGCCUCAUAUGACUUGGAUACUGUCAUGCCCACACUUUCAUCUACUUGUUACUGAUAUUGUACAGUCAUAUGUACAGUGUUUUGUUUCUCAUUCGACUGGCAAUCAAGGACUUUUUGGAUAUUCCUGACUCUCUCACUGUUCCUCUGGUUUUUGUAAAUUAAAUACUGUUACUUGUA